AUGAUUUUUUCUUCAUUGUAUUCGCAUUAUUCGUCCAGAAAACUCAUCAUUGAUCUGCAAACUCCCUUCACGAUGUCGAUCAAAAGCGAUAUCACCCUUGACAUAUCCAAGUUCCGGCCGGAGAACGUCACGGAGUCAACAAAGAAAGCUGCAGCUCUCCUGGAAAACAUCACCACCAACGGGCCCCGAUGGUGGGAGGUAGGCAUCGAAAAAUAUCGUGAGAUGCGGGAGCUUGGUCAGACUCCGCUGCCCAAGCCUGUCUAUCUCCCGGAGGCUCUCGAUGGCUCUGUUCCUUCGCGUGACGCUGGCCGUGAGGUCCCCAUCCGCAUCUAUAAGCCCGAUAAUGGCCGGCCCAGCAAAGGUGUCUUACUGCACUUUCAUGGGGGCGGUUUCGUGCUGGCAACGCACAAACACUCCGAUGGCAGCCUCCGGGAAUACGCCAACAAGUGCCAGCUAACAGCCGUUUCAGUCGGAUACCGUCUGGCACCGGAACACCCCUACCCAGCUGCCAUGCACGAUGCCGUCGAUGCCGCCGAGUACAUGGUGGACCACGCCAUGGAGGUGUACGGCGGCCCCCUGCGCUUUCUCGCUGGAGAAUCAGCAGGAGCCUGUCUCGCCGUUCUUUCAGCCCUGCAGCUGAUGCGGUCACGGCUGUCUUACAAACUGUCGGGUCUCGUUCUUCCAUACGGCUUAUUUGAUCUGGCGCUCGGGCUUCCAACGGUGGCGGCUUCGACAAAGCCUCUCAUGAUAAAUUUGGCAAUUUUGGAGCGAUAUAACAGUGCAUACGUGCCGGGCAUGAGCACCGCCGAGCGCAAGCAUCCCUUUGUGUCACCACUAUAUGAGGAGCUUCAGACACUAGUUGCCGGCUCCUCCACUGGAUCAUUGCCUCCUGCUCUCUUCCUCUGUGGCACAGAGGAUCCAUUGCUUGACGACACGAUCCUGAUGAGCUCUAAGUGGAGUAUUGCUGGUGGUGAGGCUAUCGUCAAGUUUUACCCUGGUGCCACUCAUGGUUUUACUGUGUUUCCCGGUUUGCCUGUGGCAGAGGAGGCAAAUGCGGUCACCCUAGAGUUUAUGCAAACGAAAUUGAGCGACUCGCCGUGA